AUGGAAUGGAAAAACGUUUUUGAUAAUCAAAAUUUCUUUUCUUCAUUACAACAUAAACAAUUUACUUAUAAACAUUGUGUAACACAUGAUUUAGUUAUAAACCGAAUAUUAUCAAAAAGUUUUAUUGCAACAUUAUCAUCAGAACAACAAAAAACAAUAACUGAUGAAAUUCAAAAAAUUUUAGAGAAUAUUGAAGAAAUUCAAGGUUUAGAAGAAUUUGAUUUAAAUUAUUUUACUGAUGUUUAUUGGUGUUCACCAUUGAAACCAUCGUCGUAA